CUUUCUCACGUCACUAUCAUUGACUCUGUUUGUAGGUUGCGUCCACUCAGAGUUGUUUUCCUGGAAUAAAAAGCGCGGAUUAUUCCAAAUCAGUCCGACUUUCCGGAACUCUCAGCAUAAAAGUGAGCACAUGCCAUGAUUCAUCUGUGGAUGGUUGUCCUGGCGUAUUGGUCUGUUCAUAUUUCAGUCGUUUCGUCUCGGAAGACGUAUGAUGAAGUUUCAAAGAAACCAGUCGCCUCAGUGCAGUGUUCCCUUCUUUCGAGGGACGUCGUUUUUCGUAGGAAUGUCACUACGGGCGAGUAUUACGUUGCAACGGCGACGAAGAUAGAAGACGAGGCCGUCAUGCCCUCUGUAGACGACAGCACGUUUCGAGAGUGCUGGUGUACGACAUUGUUAAGCCGCAAGGCCGAGUUUUGCCCUUCUCACUUCCACUCUUGUACGGUUCGCGGAGAUACCGGCCCUGUACGCUGUAUUCGGUCCUCUGGUUCCACAAAUUUGUUACGAGCAGUUUGGCCUGGUGUGCUCUUUUGGUUUUCUUGUCUCCUGUGCGCAGUCGUGUGUACCACAGCGGGACGAUCAUGCGUACACUUUGUCCAACGCCAAAUCUUUGGUGGAAAUAAUAGUCGCUCUGCGGAGCAGAAUAGCCAAGAUGGCGACGAUCCAAUUUUGAAUGCGAAUCUGACUUCUAUUUUGUCUCGUCAUCCUCAACGAGCGGCACAGAUGUACAGGUCAGCAAUCCAUCGGGAAUACCUCGUUUCCAGAAAUUUCGAUCAGGCUCGUCAUCGCAACGGGUACGUGCGUCUUUGGGGGCGCAUUUGGACAGCCCGUGUCUUACUAUCAUACAAUGGGUACGGCCGUGAUCGAGGAGACAGCAGAGACAAUGAGUACACUAGCCAUUCCGUGAAGGAGCUAUGUUAUACACCUGUGCUGCUGCUUAAGACAAAAAGAUUUGUGUCGGACCCGGAAGAGGAAGGAGACAAUACGCAGUCCUCGUCCUGGAUCUCAACAAAGUUUCGACGGGACCAGGCGACCUUGGACGAGAUGGAUGAGCAAAUGGAAAAAGGAAAUCGCUGUGCCAUUUGUCUAGAACAGCUACGCGAAGGUGAGGUCAUUGGCGAUAUCGCUUGUGGACAUAUGUUGCACAAGGACUGUUUAAAAACGUGGCUAUCUCGACACAAUCGCUGUCCACUUUGUCAACACAUAGACAUAGCAAUCUCGGGUUUUAGAAUGUUGCCUAGACCAAGGAUCACAACCGAAAUUGUGGGGCCGAAUGAGUUGCACAGAAUGGUUGCGGCUGAAGUAGCUACUCACAGUCAGGACGUUAUUGCAAAUGAUACUUGA